AGUCAAUUAUUGAUGUACGUUGAGAGUGUUUCGCGUUCACAAUCAAACUGCUGUGAUCGUCCUACAUUCGCGGUCUAUAAGUAGUUUACCCAAGAUUCAGCAGCUAUCAUUUGACAUAAGAUUCGACAGAUACUUGUGACUUUUUUAUUGAUGACAAGUGCCACACCAACAAUGAAGCAACAGUUAAAUAUAUCCAAUAACUAUAUACGUUUUGAGUGUGAAUUUAUCUGCUUUUUGUUUUGCACCACAUGUGAUUUGAUUUUGUUAGACAAGGAAGAGAACACUUUUCAAUGCGUUUUCAUUAGUGGCCGUUAUCAGUUCCUUAUUAUUUUCAUGGGAAAAUAUAAACAAUUUUGGUGAUUUCAUUGAAAGAAAAAAAUAAAUAUUACAAAAUGUUUUCAAAUGGCCCACUUAAAUUAGGUAUAAUCACAAAUGAUAAAACAUUCCACAAUUUGAUGAAAAUCGAUGUUUUCUUACAAUGUUAACUCGUCGACGAAAUAUCUUCAUUGUACUUAUUCUUGCCAAAACAAAAAUAAGCUACGGCUUAUGAACUAUAAAUUUCAAUUAUUAUUUGUACUAUAAUUUUUAUCCGAUUCUGUUGUCGCUGAUUCUGCACAAAUUGAAUGUUAACGACGUUCUGUGAUAAGAUAGCGUAUGCUGUUUUUUCCAUGUUUCAACGAAUCAUCAACUAUUCAGACACAAAAUCAACUGAGAAUUGAAAUCUGAAAUUCCAAUAGAAGGUGUAUUCUAUAGACUGAAUCCCAUUGAUUAAAGUGUUCAACACGUGUACGUAGAAACGUGUAAAUUAUGCAAAUCGAUUUUAUAAACAACUCACGUUUUCAAUUGUUAUCACGAAUAACGAACUAAAAACAGAUUUUUACGAUUCAAAAGCGCGUUCAAUUGAUUAAAAACAAAACCGAACCAUAAAAAUCAGUUUUGUUGUGGCGGCGGUGGCAGUGGCGUGACAGUCAAUAAUCAAUAAAGAACGAUAGCGAUCAAUGAAGAUUUCUUUUUUCAAUUGAAUUGACAUCAGUCAAAGUGUUUUGUGAAACAAAGGAGAUACAAUUGAGCUGCACUAUUUAUCUUUCAUUUUAGAUAAAAUGAUUCAAAUGGCAAAAUUUCCAUUUGGUGCAUAAAAGGCAUUUGAACAAUCCAUACAAAUAUUUUGCAAUUGAUAUCGCUGAAAAAAUGGUUCGCGAAUUGAUUGAAGCCUGCACGUUUUCUACUUGUACGAAUCCCUUUCGUUUAGAAAUUUUCCCAUCUCGAUCGCAAGAUGACGAACAUCAUGAACUCCCAGCCUGAUCGUGUCAAAUUCCGAACGAUCAAUCAGAAAUGUGACAAAUUUACAGCACACUAAUCGAACUGAUAACCCAAACAGCCUAGAGACAUUUUAGCGGCAAAGACUCACGAAACUAACUGUUCAACGUAUUUUUAACAAUGCUAUUAAAAUCCAAAUAUUUCUACAAACAAAAACAUCUACAAAAUAUUACUGCAUAGUGCAUACCCUAUUACCAGACAACAAUCUGCCAUUUGCAAUGCGAAUUCUAUUGUAAUACGUACGAAGCAAUAAUGCACUCAUAUUCAUUUUACGCUACCAAAAAUACUCUCAUGUUAUUAAACUCCUGUUUAUUGUAUUUUGUUAUCAUUGUUUGUUGUAGUCUCAAUCGGCAAUCGGACUUCAGCACAUUACUCGGUUGUAAAUCUUUCAGAGAAAGUGCCAACGGAAAAUUCUUCAACACACCAAUGAUCAACAGUAAAAUAUUGUCGUACAACUUGAAGCUGUGGGAUAUUUGAUCUAUGGGUGAGAUUGAGAGUAGUGUAAUUGUAGAGUUUGACAUGACCAGCCAUUUUUACACCAAUUCGACAUCACGAUCCGAUAGCAUGAGACUUUUUACGUCACAGAAAUGUGUACGUGCUUUACAUGUUUAUUCAUGUUUAAAUGAUUGAAACUUGCAAUUUUGACUACUUUCAGGCGUUGUUGUUGUGUUUUUCAAUGCAAUUAAGAUAGCAACUCUGUGAUUACAUGUUAGUUCAUGAAUAUUUUCACUAGUUUCGCUCUUGUCACAUUCUGUACAUUCAGUGUCCAUAUGAAUCAAUGUAUUUUUGGUUUUUGCUGUCGUGUUCGACAUUUCUUGUUAUUGUAAUCAAAAUUUCAAAUAAACAGAUGACAUCCUUAAUUGUCGAAUGAGUAGGAAUGCUGAAAACACGCGUUAUAUCGGAUGUUCACUCCACGUAAUGACAAGCUUUGCUUUUUUCGUUCUAUUUUAAUUCCAAUGGAAUACCCGACUAAGUCACGGUUCAAUGUAGCAAUCAUUCAAAUUCGAACAAUAUUAUUAAUAAAAGCACUCAGAUUAGAUAAGUGUUGUGGCUCUUGAAAUCGUUGAGCAUGUGUUCACAAAUCACGAUGAACAAAUAACGGGAAUUUUACCUGCACGCGACACACUACGGAUUAUUUUCAAAAAGUCAGACGGGAACUCUUACCGAUUUUAUCAAACGGUAUUGAAUGGGACUUGGAGAAUGUUCGUAAGUGAAUCGAUCAAUUUUAAAUAUUUUGUAGGAGAAUGUUUGCUGUCCAUUGUAUAUACUGUAGACUAUUGAAUGAAUUUUUGCUUACAACAAAGUUCUUAAAAAAAGAAGGAUUCCUACUGAAAUAUGCAAUAGGUUGGUGUAUUGGCUUAUCAUACUCCAAAACAAUGAUUGAACCCACUUUAUACUCAAAUACAUUUUUGCUCAGUGUUUUCAUGUCCAAGCUUGAGUGAAUAGUGGAACAACAGUAUAUUUCAUCGAUAUAUUUUUGCAUUGAGCAGUUUUAUUAGAUCUUUCUGAAAAAGUCCUUUCGUUAUAUCCAACAUUCAAAACUGUUUUUGCUUAUAAGUUAGCUAUUUGAUUGAGAUGAAUGCACUUGAAAUUAUAAGUGCACAACAUUCAAGAGAAUUCAACAGGAGUGAGCUUAUCGAUGGGAAAGUGAUUUAAAUAACAUUUACCCAAGCCUAAUUCAUUUGUGAAUGUAAAGGUUCAAUAAAUUAAUCAGUGGCAAUAACAUUCUUGAUUAAAUUUUAAUUAUUCAUAUGACCGCUUUUCAAUGUUAUUAUGACAUAGUACUACCCACAAAGAAUUGUAUAAAGUUAGUAUUUGAGCGAACACCACGUAAAGCGGUUCUUUGAUAUUCAAACUAGUUCAAAACAUUUAUAAAAAGUCUAUAUUGAUUGAUAGAUGCAACUAAAAUACCUAUAUUGAAUUGUACUUUUUUGUAUUAUCUAACAUUGAAUGGUACCAUUACGUGUAAAGCUCGUGUUUCCAAAAUGAAAAAGUCAACUACCAAGGAAAGUGGAUCAUCGAAAACGUCAUUGCAAACUAUAAAAAAAUCACCUUCACAAACGUCAAAGAAUACAACACCGAAAGCAACAUCAAUGACCAUCUUUGACUGUGCAAUUCCAGUUUACGAAAUUUCAAAAAAGUUUGGUCUCAUGAUAUUUCCUAUAAAUUACACAGUAAACGGUGAAAUGGAAUGCAGCGAACUUCGUUUCAAGGACAUUUUUUGGUUUAUAUUUUCGGUGUCAUGGUCUAGCGUGUUUGGCUUCUUGAGUGCAUCGUUUUUGAUUCCGGUUACGGCUCAAGAUGUUGAAACUUCGAUUUUGAUUCGCAGCAUACGAGUCCUUUUAACAAUUGGUUCAUUUCUGUGUUCAAUUUCAACCGUAAUAAAUAUGCUGAAUCGUCAUCGCUUGGUUGAUAUACUGAAGAUGCUAAAUGCAUUCGACAAAGAGAUUAGGGCUUUUGCAGUUUAUGUGGAUUGUGAAAAAGAGAAAAAGUUCGUUCAACAUUUUCUGAAGAUUACAGCCUUGUUCACCUGGAUUGGAACGAUUAUUGUAUAUUUUAGCUAUUCGUGGUUGUUCGAAAAUGAGACCAAUUUCACCAUUUUCAUUCACAUGUGUGCCAAUACACUGGUCUUUGGACAAUCAGCUGCGCUGUACAAACAGUAUAUACUCCUUUUGAUGUGCCUAAGAUCUCGUUUCAGAUUGAUGAAUGCUCUUCUUGGGAAACGCCUCUUGAAAUAUUCCGUGCAAAUAAUUGAAAUCAAUAAAAUUGAUCAGAUAUUUUUUGUGAAAACAAUGUGUGGACUUCAUAAUAAACUGAGUCAAGUUAUGGAUAAUAUCAAUUUAUGCUAUUCAUUUCAAAUUAUGAUCAGUAUGGGACUGUGCUUAUCUCAUUUUCUUUUGUCAUUUUACACCAUUUAUCGAAACAUUACCCAGAAGAAUGAGCUAACAAGUCAAUUGACCUAUGUGAACUUGAUCAAUUGCACCUUUUAUGCAGCCUACUGCUUAUCAUCGAUGAAUUGCGCUAGCACACUUAUGAUUGAGGUUUUCAUUUGA